AUGUGCCUUUGGAGUGAGGGCUGGCAAAUUUUUGAGGUACUUGAUCACCAGCCGUGGGAUAGCAGUUUAUCCCGACCAGAUAGAGGCCGUGAAGUGUCUCAGGUUGCCGAGCAAUUUGAAAGAAUACAGGUUUUGACUGGGAUGUUGGCUGCUCUUAAUCGGUUCAUCUCAAAAUUCUCAGAUCGCUGCCGUCCAUUUUAUCUGCUUUUAAAGAAGUGGAAGGGAUUUUGGUGGGAUGAUGAAUGUGAAAAAGCUUUCCAGGAUCUCAAGGAAUACUUAACGCGGGCGCCGAUGUUGACUGCACCAGAGCCCAGAGAGGAGCUGUUUAUGUACCUCUUCGUAUUCGACCAUGCUGUAAGUGCUGUGCUUUUAAGAGAUCGAGGAGUACAACAACCCGUGUAUUAUAUUAGCAAGACCCUAGUCGAUGUAGAGACCAGAUAUUUGCCUUUAAAGAAAUUGGUAUUGGCCCUAGUACAUGCCACCAGGAAGUUGCCUCAAUACUUUCAGACUUAUACUGUAUUGGGGUUUAACGCCUCCAACAACGAGGCAGAGUAUGAAGCUUUGCUUGCUGGAUUGGGGACAAUCUCAGCCGACAAUCGAAUCCCAGACGAUGAGAAGGAAGCCAACAAGAUUCGCAGGGUAGCUGCCUGGUAUUGGUUGUCCAAAGACCGGAAGCUCUAUCGUAGGUCAUUCGAGGGACCGUAUCUUUUGUGCUUACACCUAGAGAAAGUAGGCCAACUCUUGGCCAAGCUGCAUGAAGGGGCAGAGGCGGAGGCUCUGGCUAAUAUCCAGGACGUAGAUGUGAAGAAAUACGUAUGGAAGAAUAUAAUCACUAGGUUUGGGGUUCCGGACUCCCUUAUAUCGGAUAAUGGACUACAGUUCGAUAGCCGAGCUUUCCGCAAAUUUUGUAGCAACCUCGGUAUCAAGAACAGAUAUUCCUCUCCAGUGUAUCCCCAAGGUAAUGGCCAAGCUGAGGUCGUGAACAAGGUAAUCGUGAACGACUUGAAGCGAAGACUGGAAGGUGCAAAGGGUAACUAG